CAUCUGGGGCUGCCACAUUUAAGACAGCUAUUUCUCCUCAGAAUACUCGCUUCCUGGCCUCUCCAGCCCGGCACCCAAACGCCAACGACCACACUAGGCGCGAACGCGCCCGCCGGCCCCAGGCCUCCCACCCGAAGGCGGACAUAGAACCCCUACCCACUUUACGCCGAGACCCGCCGCUUAAAUAAGCGCAGACUUUGCCUCUGUCGCCGGUCCAAACCCAACACAUCCCCACCUCUUUGGUCUAACCUACGUGUUUCUAAUUUGACUCUUCCGCUGCAGCAGCUUCUAAGCAAAUGAAAAGAAGUGCGUGCGUAGUUUGGGGCGACUAGAGCCCCCACCUGACUGUCCUGACCAGACCAGAGAAGACCAGGGGGACUUUGCCUAGUUGCUGAUAUGGAGCAGGUGGCAUCAACAGGCAGACCAGUGCAGAUCAUCGUUACAGACGGAUAUGACUUGAAAGGUUUUAAAGGGGAUACUCCAGUUACCUUUAUUCGUGCAGAAUACAAUCAUGUAGUUCUGGGAGACUCUGCAAAAAUUACUAUUUCUCCAGAUGGAACUGCAAAAUACAACUUCACUAGCAGUUUUGAUUUCAAUCCUGAAGGAGGAAUCACUUUAGAUGACCUCGCCCACAAACCAGUGUUCUUAACCAUGACUGAAGUUUUACCAAAGGAAAAGAAACAGAAAGAUGAGAAGACCUUAGUUCUUGGUCAAGCUGUGGUGGACCUUCUUCCUUUACUGGAAGGACAGAGUUCAUUUGAAACGAUGGCCCCAUUGCACCCUGUGCCUGGCUCACUCCUAGAAACUCUUCGACCAGGGGCUAAGCAGUGCAGUCUUGAAGUGAAAGUGUUUGUAUCAGAACCAUUAUUGACCACAGCUCAGAUCUUAGGGGGCAAUCUACUGAAGGUCACAUUGGAGGCUGCCUACUCUGUGCCUGAGUCCUUCAUUCCACUGGGUCCCCUGCAGAACUACAUGGUUGGUCUGCAAGUUCCGUCGAUUGGAGAGAAAGACUAUCCCAUAUUAUUCCGAAAUGGAACACUGAAACUUGGUGGGGAGAGAGAACCUGUUCCCCGGCCCAAAAAAUGGCCUAUUGCCAACAUUCUGGCCCCAGGAGCUAAUAACAUUCCCGAUGCGUUCAUCGUUGGUGGUCCCUAUGAGGAAGAAGAUGGAGAACUCAAUCACCCAGAGGACAGGGAAUUUAGGAACCAAGCAGAGAGUGUCAAGAAAAGGAUCAUUUGGGACUUGGAAAGUCGCUGCUAUCUUGAUCCUCAUGCAGUGAUCAGUUUUCAAAAACGAAUUGCUGACUGCCGAUUUUGGCCUGUAGAGAUAACAAGAGUCCCUCUGGUUGUUGUACCUAAAGGGAAAGCUGCAAAAAUUGAUAAGAAUGAAGAUGAAAGUCAGCUUUCAUUUCAUGGUGUGGCUUAUGUUAAUAUGGUGCCACUGCUGUAUCCAGGUGUGAAGAGGAUUCGGGGAGCUUUUCAUGUUUAUCCUUAUCUAGACAGUACAGUCCAUGAAAAGACCAAGUGUUUAUUCAGCUUGUUCCGGGAUACUGGCCAUAAUUUGGUCCAGAAUAAUAAAAUAGGAGGAAUUAUCUCUCCACAGUCCAAACCAAUUAUUUCUAAGAAUCUGAGAGAAGAUAAAAUGCAAGCAGCUAGCAUAAAAUCUCAGAGUUCAGAUACUCCUUUGGAAGCUGAACCCUCUGUAUACCACAAUCCAGAAGGACAGCAAUAUGUAGAAGCAGGGACAUACCUUGUGUUGGAGAUUCAGCUGGACAAAGCCUUGGUUCCAAAACGAAUGCCAGAGGAGCUAGCCAAAAGAGUCAAGGAAAUGAUUCCUCCAAGGCCUCCUCUUACCCGUCGGACAGGAGGAGCUCAGAAGGCGGUGAGUGACUACCACAUGCAGAUCAAGAACAUUUCUGGAGCCAUCCUGGAUGAGUACUAUACAAUGUUUGGGAAACAUGUAGCCAAACUGGGAUACGAGUUGGAUAGUGAAACCCUGGAGGAGCAGAAGUGUCAGCUCAACUAUGAACUUAACUGCUCUGGAAAAUACUUUGCUUUCAAAGAACAACUCAAGCAUGCUGUGGUAAAGAUUGUGAGAGAGAAGUACUUGAAGACAACAGCAUUUGAAAACCAGGAGGAACUGCAGAAGUUUAUCAGUGAGCUGUAUGUAUUCUUGGUUGAUCAGAUGCACGUGGCCCUGAACCAGACCAUGCCAGAUGAUGUCCAAGGUGCUGUUUCAAGGAUUUAUACGAGCAGUGAACAGCUUCGACUCUUUGCAUUUGAAGCAGAAGUCAAUGAAAAGUUUGACAUGGCAGCAGUGUAUUAUGAAGAGAGGUUGGUCCGUGAGCCCCAGAACCUGGACCACUGGCUGGACUAUGGUGCCUUCUGUCUCCUAACUGAGGACAACAUCAAAGCACAGGAGUGUUUUCGGAAAGCCCUUUCCCUCAACCAGAAUCAUAUCAACAGCCUGCUUCUGUGUGGUGUCAUGGCUGUUCUGAUGGAGAACUACGAGCAGGCAGAAAUUUUCUUUGAGAAUGCCACUUGCUUAGAACCAACCAAUAUUGUGGCCUGGACUUUACUUGGUUUGUACUAUGAAAUUCAAAACAAUGAUAUUCGAAUGGAAAUGGCAUUUCAUGAAGCUUCCAAACAGCUUCAGGCACGACUAAUGAAGCAGAAGAGCGCUGCUACUGUGAAUUACUUUGAAGAAGGAGUGAAAAUGGAACCCAGUUUAAGCCCUCGGGGGAAUACGAAUGGUUCUGCAACAGCAGGCAAAGAAGCCCCAGCAGGAACAGGAGCUGCCUUAUCCAUUUUAGAUGAAUUUCUUGAAGAAUCCUCUAAACUCCAUUCUGAGUCACAAGAACCCAUUUUGACUGUACAAGCUCAGGAUCCAAAUACCAGCCAAAAACCGUCCAAUAUGUUUCUCAAGGAGGGACCAGCAAAGAAAGAAGCAUCAAAAUGUGACGUUUCAUCGGCUCUCCUGAAUUCCAUCCCUUAUUAUGGCGUUUCUCAAACUCCUCCCACCAUCUUCAUGGAGACAAUACGCUUCUUGAUGAAGGUCAAUGCUGUGCAGUAUGUACACCGAGUCCUUGCACAUGAGCUUUUAUGCCCUCAAGGAGGCCCCAGCUGUGAGUAUUAUUUGGUGCUGGCCCAGACACACCUUCUCAAAAAGGACUUUGCCAAGGCAGAGGAAUACCUUCAUCAAGCAGCCCAGAUGGACUACCUGAACCCUAAUGUCUGGGGCUUGAAGGGCCAUUUCUGUUUUCUGAGUGGCAAUCAUUCUGAGGCCAGGGAAUGCUAUGAGCGAACCAUUAGUUUUGUAGCAGAUGCUUCUGAGAUGCACUUUAUCUUCCUGCGACUGGGGCUUAUCUAUCUGGAAGAGAAAGAGUAUGAAAAGGCAAAGAAAACCUACCUGCAAGCUUGUAAGAGAUCACCUUCAUGCCUUACCUGGCUAGGACUGGGAAUCUCCUGCUAUCGGCUGGAGGAGCUCACAGAGGCUGAGGAUGCUCUCUCUGAAGCCAAUGCGUUGAACAACCACAAUGCUGAAGUAUGGGCAUAUCUGGCUCUGGUGUGCCUGAAAGCUGGACGACAACUGGAAGCUGAGCAGGCCUACAAGUACACAGUAAAGCUGAAAUUGAAAGAUGAGGCUCUGCUUGCAGAGAUCCAUAUGGUACAGGAGACAGUUGGCUUUGGAAAUCCAUCUUUCUGCCAUCCUUCCAGCUGAAGAAUUUUCUGUAUGGGACUCUAAUAAGAGAGUCUCUUCGCUUCCCAGAGAAGUUAAAUUCUGGACGUUUCACCAUAUGAGGCCUGGGGCUGGAGAACAAACGAAUCUUCACCAUAAACAAGCCCACUCAUAUUUUCAUUGACUAUGUUACUGGUUGACAAUAAAAAAUGGAAAUAAGGGAUUCAAAAUUUA